CCUUUCCCCGCCAAUGUUAAAACGAGGCGUGAAACGCAAACGUACCUGACGCGUAGACUUCAUGUUCUUGGCUUUUACACAGGGAAUCAGCCGGGUGGGCGUGGAACGUAUCAUGCGUGAUGAUAUCAACUGUCCUCGCUCCACCCCGUUGUUCUUCUCUUCUGGAACCGAACCGGGACUGAUAGUUUUACGUCAUUGGCUACGUCAUGGGGAGGAAAUCUGUUCGAGCAAAGGAGAAGAAGCAAAAGCGUCAAGAGGAACGGGCUGCAAUGGCAGCAGUUUGUGCCAAAGUCCAGGCAGCCAAUCAGUUAGGAGACCCUCUUGGUGCUUUUCCUGCCUUCAAGAAAUUCGACAGGAAUGGGUUAAAUCUUUCAAUAGAAUGUUGCAGAGUGUCUCAUUUGGAUGAGAAGACUAUAGACUGGGCUUUUGAACUCACCAAGACAAACAUGCAGCUAUUGUAUGAGCAGAGUGAGUGGGGAUGGAAAGAAAGGGAGAAGAGAGAAGAACUGACAGAUGAGCGUGCCUGGUAUCUCAUUGCCCGGGAUGAGCUUGCUGCUCCAGUUGCAUUAGUGCAUUUUAGAUUCGAUGUGGAGUGUGGCGAUGAAGUUCUUUACUGUUAUGAAGUUCAGUUAGAGACCCGUGUCCGCAGGAAAGGAGUAGGCAAGUUUCUGGUACAGAUCCUACAAUUAAUGGCAAAUAGCACACAGAUGAAGAAAGUCGUCCUUACAGUGUUCAAACACAAUCACGGUGCUUACCAGUUCUUCAGAGAUGCCUUACAGUUUGAAAUAGAUGAGACAUCUCCAAGUGUAUCUGGUUGCUGCAGCGAUGACUGCACAUAUGAGAUUUUAAGUAGAAGAACAAAGUUUGGAGACACCCCUCACUCACACACAGGACAUUGUGCAGGUUGCUGUCACUAAACAGUGAAAAGGUUGGACCUGGGAGGGGUUUUUGUUUCUCUUUAUUUUCCCCUUUUUAUAUUUAGUUGUUUGAUUGCUUUGCUACUGUGCACAUGCGUGUAAUUCACACGCCACCAAAUUUUGUUUUAACGGUAAAUAAAUUCUCAUUGGAAA